AUGUCCUCCACAGCCGAGGGCGACUUGAUCGCACGCCAGGUCGCUACUCUGCUGGAGGUGCCAUCAGACGAGACUAGAAUCGCCGACUAUUACACCAAGUCCUUCAAGGAGGGCGAGGUCGUGCUGAUCGAGCCGCCUCUGGUGGCCUGUCAGGAGCCCGACUCCGCGGCCAUCGUGGCAGCCUGCCAGCACAGCUUUGCCGUCCUGGGCCCGACGCUGGAAGCCCACCUGGCCCACGCCGCGCGAGCUCUGCGAGCCGACCCCGCCCUGUGUGCGGCCGCGACGUGCCAGAGCGACGAGAGCGAUGACUGUGAGGAAGGCUCGCCGCCGUGCUGCCCUACCUUUCCAGUGUCUGAGGAGGUCGAGUCGGGGCUCCGCUCCGGAGCGGUCCGCCUGCCUGGCUCCGACCAGUGGCCACUGCCGUCUCCGGUGCUCGGUCGGGGUGAUGCCGACCUGCUUUUUGCCAGCGAGGUGGCCGAGACCGAGGCAUGGGCGGGGUACGCCCAGCUCCUCUGCGCCAACCCCCCCGCGAGCGGCGGCAGCCGGGUCCCUCGGGCAGGCGCGCAGCCGCAGCGUCGCGCCGCGCUGCGACAGCUGCGCAGCUUUGCGCGCGAGUGCAACCCUGUGUUCGAGUUCGUGGCCCGAGCCCUGGCCGGCGUCCUGUCCCGGGCCGACGCCGAGCUGGAGGCCGGCGGGCUGCAGCCGGAGGGCGAACGGACGGACGCUGAGUGGGCUGCCCUGGUCAAAGCCUGGGAGCCCCUGGCCCAUGGGCACAAGCGGCUGUGGUGGGAGCUGCCCGUGACGGGCCUGGGGGAGGGCGAGGCAGCAGAGCUGAGGCAACAACGACACGAGUUGUGUCAGACCGCGGCGGACCUUUUCCGGCGCGCCCUCUGGGACCCCCGCUUCCCCGCCCUCUUCCACGAGGACGUGGUGGGGUGCCUGGUCGGCAUGGUGGAGCUGAACAACCUGGACCUCGUCGUGCCCAGCCCGGCGCUCGCCUGGUACAGGUGGUACCAAGAGCAGUACCUCACUGACCCCAGGCGGAGCGAGGGCCAGCAGGAUCCUGCCGGUGCAGCUGCGCGGGAGGUGGCGGUGUUCGUGGAGGCGUACGGCGACGCCCUGAGCGUCAGUGGCACGGGAUUCUACAGGCUUCAGAGCUGCUGCAACCACUCGUGCAGACCAAACACACACGCGUUCAAACGGGACCAGGACACCACGGGGGCAGCUGUUCUGGUGGCUCUCAGAGACAUCUCCCUGGGAGAGGAGAUCACGAUCUCCUACAUCGACGAGGACGCCCCACUCCAAGAGCGACAGGAUGCCCUGGCAGAGUACGAAUUCUUGUGCACAUGCGAGGAGUGUGUUGCAGAAGGUGUUGCACUAGUGGACCAGUCCUCAACUCUGUAA